CAGCCAGUGCUCAGCACAGGGCUAAUUCCACCAGACAGCAGCUAUAAAACACCGCGGUCUGAGGGCUCAGCAAGACAUUCCCCUGCAGAACCGGAAAGGUGCUGACACAAGACCAUCAUGAAGCUUGUAGCUGUCACUCUCGCUCUCCUGUUCAUCACAGGCAGUCAUGCCCGGUUCCUGUGGCAGGCGGACGAGCCCCCCAGCCAGCUUGAGGAUUUGAGAGCCUCUCUGAUGACCUACGUCAGCCAGGUGCGGGAACUCGCCAAGAGCACCAUCGACCAGGUCGAGAGCACCGAGCUGGGAAAGCAGUAUGGCGUAAGGGUCUCUGAGAGCCUGGCGCAGCUCAGUCAAUACGUGCAGAAAGGGGCGAAGGAAUUGGCCCCCUAUUCCGACGAGGUCACCGUCCAGAUUCUGCAGCAAACGGAGCAGCUCCGCGCACAGCUGAAGGCAGACCUGGAGGACGUGAGAGCAAAGGUGGCCCCCUACUCCAAGGAGGUGCGCGAGAAGAUUCAGAAGCACGUGGAAGAGUACAAGGCCAUGCUCGCCCCGCUGGCUCUGGAGCAGCUGGAGAAAGCCAAGCAGAACGUCCAGGAGCUGAGAGAGAAGCUGCAGCCCCACGCCGAGGUCCUGCGCGAGAAGGUGAAGACCAACGUGGAGGAGCUGCGCGUGCAUCUGGCCCCGCUGACAAAGGAGCUGAAGGAGAAGGUCGACCUGCGACUCGAGAACUUCCGCAAGCAAGUAGCCCCCUACACAGAAGAGUACCGCGGGAAACUGAGCCAGGCCUUGGAGGAGGUCAAGCAGAGUAUCGUCCCCCUCACCCAGGGCCUGCGCGAGAAGGUGGAGCCCUACACCGCGGAGCUCAGCACCAAACUCCUGUCCCUCUGGGAGACCGUGCUGCAAAAAGUCAAAGCCUAGACAGCCGCACACACACACUCUGAGUCACACUCACACACAGAGAUGCUGACACACACACACACACAGAGAUGCUGACACACACACACACACACUCUGAGUCACACUCACACACAGAGAUGCUGACACACACUCACACAUAUGAUUGCAGUAUUACUCUUUCUAACACACAUCCAGCCCCCGUCCUGAGCCGGUGGACAGUGCUGUCUCUCCCUGUCUCCUGUACCACACGCUCACUCUCUAUAUCCCCUCACCCGCUAUGCUGGCUCGCUGUAAAUGUAGCCCUUGCUGUGUUGUUAUGAAUGCAUAUUUAUGUUCUGAAGAGUACUGAGCUUGCUUCAGCACAGUCGUCACCACCUUGUCUUCUCAAACGCACUGCUUGUCUGUUUAAUUGCAUGUAAUACUCCUGACAAUUUCAUCACCCUAUUGCUUUAUUAUUCAUGAUGUAUGCUGUACAAUUAUUAAAAAUCAGCCGUAUCUAAUAAAA